UGCUCCACAGCCAGUGUAUGGCUGCGAUUAAUGCUAAUAGGAAUCAUUACGUGAUGGACUACACGUAUUGCUUUCUAGGAAUAACCUCGAGUGAAGCAACAAGUAUGCCCACAUUUGGCCAGGGAGACAAAGGCACAGCAGGGACCCAGUUGUCAGAGACAAACUCGCCACAAGGUGAACAGACAGCGCAAGAACGGCCACGAAACUCGCCUCAUGAUUGUUGUGUAGAGAAGAACUUCCAGCGGCAUGUGCUACGACUGCUGAACACGCUUCGCUUCAUGCUGGAACAGCAAGCGGACACCCUGAACAAGUUGUGCGAUAUGCUUCCCACUUCUUCAGUCACCGAAUGCGCAGAGCUCUUAGGCCAUCCGCUAAGCAGUCUUGAAGAACUACAAGAGUUCGACGACAAGCUCGAUGCUGGAAAAUUUAAGAUCCUGGUUCAUGAGUUGGCACAGCUUGGUGGGAAAGAUGCCUACUGGGCAACAAAAAGAAUCUUGUCAUACUGCAUCACAGACGAGGUUGCGGCACAAUUUUCCUGGAUGGGUCGAAAAGGAAAACUGAGCUUCUCCGCCUUGAAGAUUGCUAAAGCCAUAACAGAUGCUGCUCGCAAAGCGCCAAACGCAACCGCUGCCGACGUUGAGGCCUCUAUCAAAUCGUGGCUCCGACAUGCCCCCGAGCGCCUUGCCACCAGGUUUCAGAAGUCAAAGCAAGGACAACUUGAGCAAGCAGCAGGUAAUGGAAUUCACAUUGUCGCAUCAUGUAAAAUCCUGAACAGUGCACAAAAAUGUAUGUUGUGCCUGUAUUCCAAUGUGUAAGUGUUCUAAGCAGUCGAUAUGGUGAAAUCUGUGUUGAGCUUGUGACCUACCUUUAUACUCUUUGUAUUAUCUUCAGCCAGGCUCCUGUACACUGCACAAACUAGCUCGGAAGAAAGGCCCCAAAGUUCCUUACUUGUUUUACCAUCUUUGUUGCUGCCCUUGUCCACAUGUUUGUCCUUGUUCUUAGUUGUGUAGAAAUGUAUAUUCCCACUUAGCAGCCGACUGAAACCAUGCUA